CUUCUUUCCUUUCCGUGAAGACAGGAUGAGUGCAAAAUAUCCGAAAACUUCCCUCCAAAAAAAACUAUCAAAACCCUAAACCCUGAACUCCGAUUCCCUCCCAAAAUUCUCUUAAUUCCCGCAUAAUUUAAAAAUUGAGUAGUAAAAUCAAAAUUCAUAACUUGAAAUACAUGGUAUUAAUAUCAAAGAUGAAAUCCCUUUUAUCUCCAGCUUUCUCAACCUUUUCUCCUCAUCAUUUACCUAAAAUUAAAUCCUUUCUAUCCCCUCCCCAAACCCUAAUUAGCUUCGAAUCCAAAUCUAUCCAAAAACCACAUCAGUUGAGCCUUUGUAAUUCAUUCUCUUCAAUAAAAGCUUCCAAUUCGAGUUCCUUAACGGAUAGGGGUAGGUUUUCUUGUGGUGAAAUUCAUGUGAUUUGUGGACCAAUGUUUGCUGGAAAAACUACAGCUCUUCUUCAGCGAGUUCAAGCAGAAAUAGAUCUUGGCAGGUCUGUUAUGUUGAUAAAAUCAAAUAAGGAUACAAGAUAUGGAACAAAUUCUGUGGUAACACAUGAUGGGAUUAGAUUACCUUGCUGGGCUUUGCCCAAUCUGUCAUCGUUCAGUCAAAAACUUGGGGCUGUUGCUUAUGAUAAGCUUGAUGUAAUUGGUAUUGAUGAAGCUCAAUUUUUUGGAGACCUCUAUGAUUUCUGCUGCAAAGCAGCUAAUCAUGAUGGAAAGACUGUAAUUGUUGCAGGUUUGGAUGGUGAUUACUUAAGGAGAACCUUUGGUUCGGUGCUAGAUAUCGUACCAUUAGCUGAUUCUAUAACUAAGCUGACUGCUCGAUGUAAUGUUUGUGGCAAGCGUGCUCAUUUUACCCUGAGGAAGACAGAAGAAACACAGACUGAACUAAUUGGUGGAUCUGACGUCUACAUGCCAGUGUGCCGCCAGCACUAUGUUAGUGGACAAGUAGUCAUAGAAGCUACAAGGGCUGUCCUGAAAUCUCAAAAGGUUUUUGACGAUUCAUAUGUUGAAGGAGUAACUAUUGCUAAUCAGUAAAAGGAGUUCUUAGAAAGCUUAGGGCCUGUUUGGUACGGUUUUCAAAAACAGUUUUCAAAAAUAGUUUUCCACUGUUUUAAAAACAUACCCUUUUUUCCUUGUUUUCAUUUUCUAAAAAUUAUUUGGUAAACUGUUUUUGAAAACAAGGAAAACCAACUAAAUCGGAUCAAAUGUAA